CGGCGAAAUCAAAGCAAACGUCGGUUCUGCACGGGUAAACAAAACCUGCUCGAUGGAACAAACACCAAACGGCCGAGAUGCAUCCCCAUUAGAGAUUCCGUUUUGCGAACAUUACAAACCUCUGAUUGUCGAGGAAAUUGUGCUUGCCGAUCAUCCUGCUCACCUUCAUUAUGGGAAAUGUUCGGUCAUUGGAACGCUUUCCUGUGCCAACAACGUGCUUGGGUCGUUGAGCCUGCCUGACCUGCCGGGUGCGAUGCAGCUUCCUGACGGUGCCUGUAGUGUUGAACUUUGUCUGGACAAUUACAGUGGAAUCGUACCGCGAGGGAGUCAGGUCGAAGUGACCGGCAUUCUUAAACUACGCGAUAGAACGACGGAAAUUACAACGGAUGCAGGUACGUUGCGGAACAUGUUGGAAGCGGCAGAUGGCAUCGUCUUUAAACAGCAGUAUGAAGAUAUGAAAGCAAACUGUAAGCCAUACAUUGAGGUAGAUUAUAUACGCACCAUAUCGAAUGCAAGGGAACUCAUUUCAUGCAAUCUCAAGUUUAGAAAGCUUAGCUUGUUAACCAAAAUGGAAAUGUAGUAGCAAUCAAAGAAUGGCAUCAUGUAUCGGUACACUUAAAUUGUUUGAAACGGAUAAUAUUCUUGAGGAACAUUCCGCAUGGAACAUUUUCAUCUUAUUACACCACCAAACGUGUAAUUAUAUAAAAUAUAGAUCAAAUUGCACGUGAAA